AUGAGUGGAGACUCGUUGGAGCGGAGGGUGGCGGGAAUCUCGAAGGAGAGGCGUGAAGCCAUCAUCGUUCGCUCGGGCGCAAGGGCGGUGGAAGAAGCCAAGCGGUUGAGCGGAGGGGAUCCGCAAGAAUUCGAUGGCGGCUCGAAUUGGGGGUUCGCCCGAACCACGCUGAAUAUCGCGACGUCCGCUCGGGCCCAUCAGAACGCCCAUGAUGCGCCCGGGCCGAGUCAGGAGAACUCGGAGCGUCGUGAUCCGCUCCAUACCGCGCGUGAAUCUUUCGUAUCGGUGCUCGGCAGGGAUGAUGACUUUCACUCGCCGUAUUCUUACGCGGCUAUGCGGGAUGCGUACGGGGUGAUGGACGGUUGGUCAGUGGUGGAGGGCGGCAACCUGAGGACACCGGAUCACGAGGCCAGGUCGCGCGCGUUCGUGGACGAGGUUAAGGCUGUGGUGAGGGCAUCUUGGGCGGAGGAGAGCGUGCGCCGCGGGGUCGACUUCGCCAAACGCGGCGACUACACCACGGCCAUCAAGUGCUAUGAGCAAGCGCUCGAGCUCGACCCCCGGAACGCGGUGGCCUUCGUGGCAAAGGGUGCAGCGCUGGCGAACCAGGGGAAGUUCAAAGACGCGGCGAUGGACCUGGAGAAGGCCCUGAAGAUCAACCCGCAGGUCGAAAACGCGCAGAAGUACCUGGACGACAUCAAGAUGAAACAUCCCGAGGCGCUGAAGGGACCUCCGUCCAUCGGAUAUGGUGCAGGCAGACAAGUUCCACCGCCGCGGCCGUCAGAGGCGGGUCGGAGUGCUCCCAUUAACCCGACGCACCCGGAUCAGAGACGCGCGGUGUCCCCGUCCAGUGAGUACAAAGCCGCCCUUCAGCGGGAGCUUGCGGCAGCUGUGGAGGAGAAGAAGAGGAAGAAGAGAGAACGCAGCAAAAGCAAAAGCAAACGCCGCAAGCGCAAAACACUCAAGAAGCGCUCCUCGAGCUCUUCGGGGUCUGAUAGCGACUAG